CCUGGAAAUCAGAACUCUACCAUCAUAUUUUCAUCCCUGUUUCUUCCGCCAUGGCUGGAGCCGCAAGCAGCAAGAGUUUUACGGGUAGGUACGAAUAUACCUUGAAGAAGAUGGCAGAGAUUUCUGCAACAAGAGAUGCGCCGGAUUUGUCACCGCCGACACAUGAAGAAAAGGCCCAAAUCAGCACAAGUGAAACAGGAAGGCCUCCUCUCCUUUCCUUUGCGAUGUUGAAAAGAGCGAUGGGCGUCCAAAUCUUCUCCCUCGACAAAAACGAGCUGAGCACUCGAGUCUAUGCAGGAGUGCUUUUGAAGGACGAAAGGGAGCAAGGCGAGGCCAAAAAUGGCGAGGAUCAGGAACCGCCGUAUACGCGCAAGUAUUGGGUUGACGAGAAACUCAACAAGAACUGCUGGAAGAUUCUGGCUAAAGACUUAUCAAUUGCUUCGGAUGACAAAUACUGGCAAUGGACAGAAGAGGAGGAGCCAUGCUACUCGGGCAACAAGAAAGUGCACGUCGCCGAGCUAAAAAGGAUUUGCUGGCUAGAAAUCAAUGGGAAAUGCAACACGAUCAUGCUCUAUCCACGGACGAAGUACGAAGCCGAGAUCCUCGUGAAGAUAAGAGAAGGAGGCCGCGGAUGGGAUGCUCCAGUGAACCUCAGUCUCGCUCUCCUAGAUGGAAACAAGCAGGAACGCAUGGAAAGAUUGGAAGGACUGGAAAAGGAAAAGUGGCAUCCAAUUAGCAUCGGCCAGUUCGAGACAACACCCAAAACCGUUGGCAAGAUAAGCUUUUCGCUCAAGCAAACCGAUGGGAAAUGGAAAACCAAGCUUUGCGUCAAGGCCAUUGUUUUGAGGCCAACAACAUAGAUAAGCAGUCAAAAUAAUGCGUGAAUUGUGGCUCUAAGCGUUUGUAAUUGAUCUCCACUCUAUGUUUACUGAUGCACCGCCGUAAUGGUAUUGUUCCGAAUAUGUAUCCAUUGACAAACAAUCACAGUUCCACAGUCGGAAAUAUUUUCGGCUCGACUUAUGCUGAGUUCUUC